AUGCUUCGCGCGGGUGCUGCACUGGCAUCGACCGCUCGUGAGGAGAAGGGCCAGAGCUGGCUAGCGAAGCGUGAGAGCUCGACCAGUCUAGUAUCUGAGGCGGGAAUGUAUGAAGUCGAUGCUAUCUCCCACGCCCUGCGGACGGGCAUCUCUCGGCGGUCGAAGUCCGGCCGUUCCACACCUGCAGCUGCGCACUCGCGAUCACGCGCAGCCAGUCGACGGAACAGCAGGCCUGACCUCUCCAUGACGGGGCUUGAGAUGUCGACGCCUUCACCUACUUCGAAGCGAAGUAGUAUUCACAUCGCCUCAGCGCCUCGAACGCCUUCUCAUGUCCCGAGCGAAGAUGCGCGGUCCACCACAUCUCUUCUUCCAGACUUCAUUGAUGAACACGUCCGUGCUGAGAUGCGAGACACAAUUCAGCAGCAUGUCGAUGGCGACUACGACUCCGCGACGUCAUAUGACUCCUGGGACUCAGAAGAGCGCGAAGAGGAUAUGGACGAGCGUGAGCUCCAACGCCUGACUCGCGAGCGUGGAUUCGGCUUAGGAAACUGGAUUGACCGCUUGGUAGAAUGGACGCUGUUCGGCGUCGACGACUGGCCGCUCUCUACUAGCACCGAUGCAGUAACAGAGCCACAAGCAGCAGAACUACAUGCAGGCCACGAAAAUAACCACGAGCCCCGCGAGUUAUCUGACAAGGAUGAUGAUGAUGAGACAAGAAGCCAAGUCUCAGAUACUAACUCCGAUAUCCCCCAUUUAGAAAGAGCUGGGGAUCACGGUGGCUGGGAAGAUGCAGGCUGGUUCAUCCGCACUUUAAAACGGGCAUUGAUAUCUACUUAAGGUGCAAGGGAAGGAUAUUUAUGUUUGUGAAGUCCAUUACGGCUAUGAAGACAUAUUCAACAAUGCCUUUUCUCCCCGAAUUAGGUGGCAAGCACAUGAUCUUUCAGUGCUUUUGAAUCUUGCGAUUCUUCAUCUGGUGUUCAAUGGUUGUAUUCUGAUCUACCCAAAUACCCGCAGCUUUG